GGAGGCGUGUGCCUGUGCCGCGGCAGCGGGAGACGACGGCGAAGAGAUGAACGGCAGGAAGGUGGCUCUCAUCACGGGCAUCACCGGGCAGUAAACCUUUACCAGGAGUUCCUAAGAAAUCAGCUAAACCUGUCCUGAGGUGAGAAGUGAGCAUCAAUGAGAAAGGAGCCACGCCUAGAAAAGACAUUACCAGGAGCCAGUGUUGGGACUCUUCAACCCGAGGGUCUGAAGUGGUGGAGGUAGCAGUGCGGUGGUACCAGUGCAGGUGUGAGGCAGCCUGCAGGAGGGUUUGACCUGAGCAGGCUUGUUGCUUGGAGGGGCUCUUUGCCACCUGUCUCUUUGACAUACUGGGCAGCCAUGCAUUUACACUCAGUACCUGCUUUAUAUCCAGACCUGAAUGGAUGGCAAAAGCAUUUCCCCAGGCCGCUUGGUUUGUAUUCAUGUGCGUUCAUUGCAGUCUCCAAUUUUUCGGCUGUAUUACUCAUAGGGAUAAUCAUGCUCUCUGAGUCCUGAUGGUCUGAGCAGAAGGUGCAGGAGAAAGGUGUCUUGGAAAGAAAAAAAUCAUUUUCCCUUGGAGCAACUUCCACACUGUCAAAAGAGAUGUUCCAGUGCAAGAGCACAGUCAAAGCUUUCCCAAGGACUACUUUGGUGCUGUGUGAACAGUCUUCAAGUUUGUUGACAGAAGUACAUUUCUCUUCAUCAAAGAUAGAUGGAUCGUACUUGGCUGAGUUCCUGCUGGAAAAAGGCUAUGAGGUUCAUGGCAUUGUUCGUCGGUCUAGUUCUUUUAAUACAGGCCGGAUUGAACACCUCUAUAAGAAUCCACAGGCUCACAUUGAAGGAAACAUGAAGCUGCAUUAUGGUGAUCUCACGGACAGCACCUGCCUGGUGAAGAUCAUUAAUGAAGUCAAACCCAGUGAGAUCUACAACCUGGGAGCUCAGAGCCAUGUCAAGAUUUCUUUCGACUUAGCAGAAUACACUGCUGAUGUUGAUGGAGUUGGCACUUUACGGCUCCUAGAUGCUAUUAAGACCUGUGGCCUUAUCAACUCUGUGAAGUUCUACCAAGCCUCCACCAGUGAACUUUUUGGGAAAGUGCAAGAAAUCCCGCAAAAGGAGACCACCCCUUUUUACCCAAGAUCGCCUUACGGGGCAGCAAAACUCUAUGCCUACUGGAUUGUUGUGAACUUCAGAGAGGCCUACAAUCUCUUUGCUGUGAAUGGCAUCCUCUUCAAUCACGAAAGCCCCAGGAGAGGGGCUAACUUUGUUACUCGAAAAAUUAGCCGAUCAGUAGCAAAGAUUCACCUCGGACAGCUGGAUUGUUUCAGCCUGGGCAAUCUGGAUGCCAAGAGAGACUGGGGCCAUGCUAGGGACUACGUUGAGGCCAUGUGGCUGAUGUUGCAAACGGAUGAGCCCGAGGACUUUGUCAUAGCCACUGGGGAGGUCCAUAGUGUCCGUGAAUUUGUGGAGAAGUCAUUUAAGCACAUCGGGAAAACCAUUGUGUGGGAAGGGAAGAAUGAAAAUGAAGUAGGGCGAUGCAAAGAGACUGGCAAGAUUCAUGUGACAGUCAAUCACAAGUACUACAGGCCAACUGAAGUGGAUUUUCUACAAGGGGACUGUACCAAAGCCAGACAAAAGCUGAACUGGAAGCCGAGAGUCACAUUUGAUGAGCUGGUGAGGGAGAUGGUGGAUGCCGAUGUGGAGCUCAUGAAGAACAACCCCAAUGCCUGAGCCCUGGCUGGGCCUGGCAGGCACCACGGGACCCGUGACGAGGACGUACCCCAUGGCCAGCACUGCCAUGAGCUGCUGGGGGUAGGGUGGGCAGCCGCCCCUCCCCGUGAUGGCUUUAUUGCUGGCCUGCCUGUGCGUGGAAGCCCGGUUUUAUCCCCCCCCCCCACCGCCUCCUGGUGCCUCUCCCCCCACACAUUGUCCAAAGGUCAGCCCUGUCUGGGCUAAAUCUGGCUCCUGACAUUAACUGGGGAGGGGUCACACCCCACCCCCUGCUACUGUACCUGAAGUACUGAUAGGCCAGCAAGGCCACUGAUUUCCUUGUUUUAAUUAAUCACCUUUCUGUUACCUAGGACCUCCGGCGCAUUUUUAGUACUUUCUUCCAUUUGAAAAACAAAAGCAUCUUCUGUCUGCCACCACCCCUCUCCUCCAGCAGCAGCAACAGCAAACCUCUGGGGUUGACGUGGGCUCGCCACCCCUCCAGCCCUUGCUCCACAGCUUCCCCUCUUCUGCCUUUCCUGAACACUCCCUGUUUUUCUUUCCUGCAGCCUUACCUCCACCCCAGCGGCCCAUUUCCACCACUUGAACUCUGUAAAAGUUUGGAUAACUUGAUAUAACUUGCAGUGAAAUCGCCUUUUGACCAUGCCGAAUUAAUUCCUAAUUGCUGGAAUCGCUUUCAAACCAGUCAGAGGGGGCCUGUAAGCGUUUUUCAGAUCUUCAUUUCAGAGUGUGCAUGAGUCACAGAGAGCCUUUUUGUCCAGCACCCUCCCAAUCCAGGGAUUUAGGGUGUUUUGGUUUUUGCCCUCCCAGAAUCAACCAAUUCCCCUUCCAUCUUCUUCCUGCUUACUAUAAUUAGACCUCGGAUGGGAGCUUGAACCAUCUCAAAAGAUGACUUAAGAAAUAAAAACAAAAUAAAUAAAAAAGCUUUUAAAAAAAUAGAAA